CAGUCAGAGUGAGACCUCCUGUCCCGGUGCUCUGACAGCUGCUGUAUGUAACGGAAGACAUUUUGAGCCGCUGGGGUCGGUCCGGUUUGUUUGUGGGGUCUCAGUGUGAGUUCGGGGCUAACGGACUGUUGGUCGGUGAAGCAGGAACAUAUUUAACGGGAACCCGGUGCAGUCUAAGCAGCGCAUGUGCAGCGAAACACAGAAGCUACCAGAGUCCUAGAUGCUAGUUAGUCAGCGUCAGCUAGCUGGCCUGCCCUCCUCUUCCUCCUCCUCCUCCUCCGCCACCUCCUCCUCGACAGCCGGUCCCUUCUGACAGACACAAUGGCUUUAAAACGGAUUUCUAAGGAACUAACGGACCUGUCCAGAGACCCUCCGGCCCAAUGCUCAGCCGGGCCCGUCGGCGAAGACAUGUUCCACUGGCAGGCCACCAUCAUGGGUCCGCCCGACAGUCCGUACCAGGGCGGCGUGUUCUUUCUCACCAUCCACUUCCCGACCGAUUAUCCCUUCAAGCCGCCCAAGGUCGCCUUCACCACCAGAAUCUAUCACCCAAACAUCAACAGCAAUGGCAGCAUCUGCCUGGACAUCCUGCGGUCCCAGUGGUCGCCGGCGCUCACCAUCUCUAAAGUUCUUUUGUCCAUUUGUUCUCUGUUAUGUGACCCGAAUCCUGACGACCCGCUAGUACCAGAGAUCGCCCGCAUCUACAAAACAGACCCCGUCAGGUACAACAAGACAGCUCAGGACUGGACCCAGAAAUACGCCAUGUGACCCGCUGGACCUGGCCAUGUCUGGCCUGGCCACGCCCCUCUGCCCACCUUUCCCUGCAGUUUGUUCAUGUUUCCGUUCGUCUCAUCCUGAACUGUGAUGCUGUUCCCUCCCACCCCCGUCUGUCCGUCUGCUGGAGACACGAGUCGCAGCCUCAGAGUGGACCGGACCGGCACGGCCUAGCAGAACCGGCCGGCACCGCCCCUUCAUGCAUGUCAGUGAUUGGUUCCUGUGCUGCUCAGAACUCCGUGUCCGUUUUUAAAAGAGAAAAGCUGUUUCAGUUCCUAGUUUUGUGUCUUUAGAGGAGAGCCGUUAGUUCAUCAUCCAAUCCGUUCUCCUGGUUUUACUUUUUGCACUGGAAGGCGAUCCGGAUCUGGUUCCGGUCCCGGCGGCUAACCGAUCAACUAAUCGCGCUGUGACGGUUUUUCUCAAUAAAGAUGAACAAAUGGAAA